GAGAAAUGGUCGUUUAGAAGUUAUUCAGUAGGUUAUAAUAAGUUAUGAGUAAUAUGGCAUCCAAGAACAAACUAUUCAACCACUAAUUGGCGAAUCAUGCUCCGUUUUAUGCCAGCUAAUUAGAAGUUGUGUUCUAUAUUGAUUAAUUUAAUUGUUGUCUUGGGUUUUAAGUCAGAAAAUUGCCAAACGAUCGGUUAGAUAGUGCAGGAUGCAACAGGUUUCCUUGUUGAUCUGUUAGUCAACUAGGUAUGUAGCAGUUAAAGUGCACCCCGCAGUAGUUUUUGUUCUGUUAAACAUUUCUAAAAAGUGUAUUUUAUCCCAAAUACGCAAUUUGCAUAAUCGAGUCUUCAAUAGUUAUUAGUGUGGUGCAUAUUCUUAAAAAAAAAUCCAUAAGUGGGUGUAUUUAUUAACGUUAUAAAACCGAUGGUCACGUAAUGGAGUAAGAAGUAAAACAAGUAGAUAGCAAGCCCCAUAUAUUUAAAACUCAUUAUGGUACUGGUGCUCAAUGGCGUGUUGCAAGCGAAAUGUCCUCAGGACACUCAAAGUCUGUAUAAUUCGCAUCCAGUUUAUAGAGAUUCGGCUGGCCAACUUCUUUCCAUUCAAACUAAGGUAAUUGGUCCUGUAGGACUGCUGUAUGUCAAGCAGAGAGAAUUUGCUUCUACUGUACCACACGACAAACAUGUUACCAUUUUGGGUUCAGACAAUGCCACAAGUUGUUUUAUUGUUGUUGUGAGGCAUACUGGAUCUGGAGCUGUAGCUCUAGCCCAUCUCGAUGGGACUGGCACUGAUGAAGCAGUUUGCACAAUGAUACAACGCGUGCAAGAUCUGGCUCUGGGAUAUCCAGAAGGCAGGCUUGAGGUUCAAUUGGUCGGCGGUUACAGCGACCCAAACAAUUAUUCCGAGGACUUGUUUAUCAACUUAAUGACCUCAUUUCAUAAGCAACCAAUGGAAAUUGAUUUAACGUUGGCCUGCAUUGGCCAACUUAACACUACUAUUAGAGGAGGAAUUAGUUGGCCACUCAUUUAUGGUGUAGGGAUCAACAUAAAAACAGGAGAGAUUUUUCCGGCAACAUUUCCAGACAAAGGCCCGGAAUCGUCUUUGAGAAAUGCAAGAUACUUAACAGGAUGUGCCGAAGUGUUGGACAUCUAUGACUGUAACAUGGGUUUAUUAAGAAUAGGGCCAUUUAAUUACAAGCCCCUUCGAGGUGUCGACUUAUGGUUGGAACAAAACGAUGAAUGUAUUCUAAGACUUCUAUCCACAUCUCCAGACGUGGAGCCACCUCAGUUUGUCGAUGAAAUAAGGGCCGCAUUGAUAUACGUUAGAGAGCACCCAUUUCCAGCAGUUACAGUUUUUGGGGAUAAUCGGCCACAUUUUUAUAGAAGAGAUGAGCAUACUGGGUUGUGGACCCGUGCAGUUUUUUCAUGAAUCAUUUCAAUGUUUUGUUUUAAAAUACAGACUUGCCAUUUUUUAUAUGCCUAUAUAUUUUACUAUUUUUAAGUCGCUUCUCUUUUAAUGGCCAGUAUGGCGUGAGGUUUAUAUUUAGUGAUAGCGUAAUUGCAAAUGUAGCAAAUCUACUUAUUUGUAAGUGACAAAGGGCUAACCAGUCUCAAUUAUUAUUUCGGUUAAAACUAUUUGAAAGGUUACAAAUUGAAACCAUGAUAUACAUAAUGCAAUUUUUAUAGUUGCUGUGCGCAAAUGGCACAUUUGCCUGGUAAGUUAUUGAUAUUUUGCGAAAGAAUAUAGAUAUAUUUUACAUAAGAUCGUCGGCAGUUUUUGUUAGAUCUUUUUUGAAAAUUUAUUGUGGUUUUUAAAAUAGUUCAAUAUGUUUAAGAUCUUCAAUUUGCCAUUCUUCCUAGCGUUUUCUACAAAUGAUAGAUACUUCAAUGAAAAUUUUUUGAAGAAACAACUUAUCAUUAUAAUGAAUAUAAUAAUUCUUAAUAAGUUUUAUGGUGCUCGUGUUUAUGUUCAACUGUAUUUCUUUGUCUGUUAAGUACAUAACUGCCUGUCUCCGGGCUCAAUUUGUCGUGAUAAAAAUUGAUAUAAAAAUUAUUACUUUUUGAAAUUCAAAAGAGAUUUGAAAAGCGCUUCUGUUGUUAAAAACUGUAGGUCGACUAAUUAACUUUCUAUUCAUUUUCCCCUUAUUUUCGUUUUCCUAGGUAAGGCGCAUUUGCGAACUAGUAAUACAUCUAUAUCUACAUAUACAUGUUUAGUUGAUAUAUUUUAUUAAAUAUAGGAGAGUAUAUAUUUUUGAUUGUAGACUAAGUAAUAUUUUAUGGACUGUUAAAGAAUUUUUUGAAUUCUAAUGAUAUUACUCUGCUGUAUAUAGUGCAAACUUGAAUUAAUUGUACAAAUUAAUAAGUAUGAGUUUGCCUUAGGCUUUCAGUCUUAAACUGCUAGUCGCAAAAAUAUCACACUAAGAGCUCAAAAUAAUGAAUAGUUAAAUGCUUUGAGCAUUUAUGAGAAAUAUUGAAUUAUUUGCUGUUUAGGAUCAUGACGUGCCACACAGAAACACAUCCUAGGUUUUUCUAGAAAACCGAUAUAAUAAAUGUAGUGAGUUAAACAUGAAACUCAAUUCACAUUUAUAUUAGGAACAUUUGUUGAUAUAGAUUUAAUAAUGUUACAUAAAUAAUUCGUUAUUUUAUUUCCUGAUUAAUUAAAAUCAGUAAUUGUAUUGCCCAGCGGAACCAAUGGCGAAAUCAAACAAUUGGUAGGUAUGUGCUCUUGUGAUUGUUAAUAUCUAAAUACACUAUUUUUGUAUUGACAAUUAA